AUGACCUCUUCCGGCAGAUUUACCGGCGCGGCAGAUCUGCCGGUCCGGCGUAGUGGGAACCCGGCCGAUCGCUUCGACACCGAGCUAUUCAUCGAUGAGGUGGAAAAGAGACCUGCUUUGUGGGACAUCCAAUGUGCAGAAUAUUCCAAUAAAAUUAUUAGAAACGGAGCUUGGCAGGAGCUGGUGGAUAUUUUUGGAGAAAAUGAGGAUUCUUUGGAAAAAAAGGUUCUUUUUGGUGUAACUUUACAAAAAAAGUGGAAGAAUAUACGGGAUGCUUAUAAUAAGGAAUUCAAGAAAGGCAAAUCAAUUCCUUCUGGUUCUGGUGCAUGUAAAGGUUCAAAAUACAUGUAUUUUGACCGGCUUUCUUUUCUUCAGAAGACAGUAGAAAACAAAGAAACGACAUCAAACAUACGUGAAGCCAAAAAUGAAGGAAUUCAAAACAUUGACCAAAACCAAGAUAAUUUUGUUAAUGCACGUGAAAUACAACCAGUACCCAAUAAAAGGAAGAAGACUAAAAUUACUUCAGAAGAGCGAUUGGCUGACAUAUUAGAAAAUAGCAUUGAAUCAAGGGAUAAAAUACAGAGACAAUUACAAGAAAGUAUGUCAAAGCAAGAUGAUGAUGAUAAGCUUUUUUGUAUGUCAUUGUAUAAAGAGUUAAAAAAAAUUCCAGAAAAUAAGCGUUUGGCUACUAAAAUUGAAUUACUCCAGGUAAUACAGAAAGGGCAGAAAUUACCAGCGCCUAUUCAUAUCACGAGCCAGCAGAACACGCCUAAUGAAGUAUUUUGGCAAAACCAACAAUAUUCAAACCCACAAGGAUAUUUUACAGGAUAUUCUACAAUCGUACCAGGAGAGUCUCCAUCGCCUUUAUCAUGCAAUAGCACUGACGACUCACAGUCUUCUAUAGUACAAAACAUAUAUUCUGAUGUAUAAAAUAAAUAUCUUACCUUAAUGUAA